AUGUCCAAAAACGAAGCAGAACACCUGGAAACGGGCGCCGGCGAGCACCCGCCCCUCCAGGAGAUCCCUAGCGCAAUGGAUAUCGAUGCCAAAGAAGCCCAUGGGCAAGUAACCCAAAUCCAAACCGCAUCUGUCGCGUUGGCCGCUGCCGUCGCCGCGCAGAAGCCUCGUCUACUGAGUCGAAACAUGAUACAAUUGUAUGCAAUCAUGGCGGUUGGCUAUCUAGUUUCCACCAUGAAUGGUUUUGAUUCCUCUCUCAUGGGUAGUAUAAACGCCAUGAUUCCCUACCAAGAAACCUUCGGCCUCAGCGGCGCCGGUUCUUCUACAGGCGUCAUCUUCAUCAUCUAUAACAUGGGACAAAUCGCCGCCUUUCCCUUCUGUGGACUUCUCGCCGACGGCUACGGUCGUCGCAUGUGUAUAUUCAUCGGAUGUCUCAUCGUACUCGUCGGAACCGCCAUUCAGGCCUCCGCACACGCACGAGGCCAAUUCAUCGGCGGUCGAUUCGUCCUCGGUUUCGGCGCCGCGCUUGCAUCUGCUGCGGGCCCAGCUUACACAGUCGAGUUGGCGCAUCCUGCUUAUCGAGGAACCAUGGCGGGAAUGUACAAUAAUUUCUGGUGGUUGGGUAAUAUCUUAGCUGGAUGGACAACCUACGGAUCGAACAAGAAUCUGACAGAUUCGUGGGCCUGGAGAGUGCCAACAUUGGUACAAGCGGGUAUUCCGGCGAUUGUGAUGGUGUUGAUUUUAUUUUUCCCAGAAUCCCCACGUUGGUUGAUUGCACAUGAUCGCAGGGAGGAGGCGCUCGCAGUCUUUGCUAAGUAUCAUGGAGAUGGCGAUGAACAGUCGCCGAUUGUGCAACUACAAUAUCAUGAGAUCAUCGAACAGUUGCAGAUGACCAGAAACGACAAUCCCUGGUGGGACUUCCGCGAAUUGGUUAAUACUCGGGGAGCAAGAUAUCGUUUGUAUAUGGUUGUCGGAAUGUCGUUUAUUGGCCAAUGGUCUGGAAAUAACGUCGUCUCUUACUUCAUGCCCGAAAUGAUCAAGAAUGCGGGUAUCACAAGCACCAACAAACAACUCCUCAUCAAUGCCAUCAAUCCCAUCUUCUCCAUGAUGGGAGCGGUCUAUGGAGCUACUCUUCUCGAUAAACUCGGUCGCCGAACCAUGAUGUUAGCUGGACUUACCGGAGGCUUGCUCUCCUACAUCAUGCUCACCGCAUUCACAGCAGCAUCAGAAGACCACCCCAACCUCUCCUACGGUGUCAUCGUAUCGAUUUUCGUCUUCGGAGUCAUCUUUGCAUGGGGUUUCACACCACUUCAAACCCUCUACGCUGUAGAGUGUUUGGAAAAUCGCACUCGUGCUAAGGGUUCCGGAUUAAAUUUCCUAUUUUUGAAUAUUGCCAUGGUGGUAAAUACCUAUGGUAUCAGUGUUGGUAUCGCUGCCAUUGGAUGGAAAUUAUACGUGGUGUAUAUUGGGUGGAUUUGUGUCGAAUUAGCUAUUAUCUAUUUCUUCUUUGUCGAGACGGCCGGAAAGACGUUGGAGGAAAUGGCUUCAAUUUUUGAUGCUCCUAAUCCACGGAAGGAGAGUACGAAGAAGACCAGUGUGGCUCUUGAUGAGUCUGGACGAGUAAUGGGUAUUAAUGAUAACGUGUAG